AGCAACAGUUUUAUUGUCCAGGUACUUGGGAAAGAUGGAGUCUCAAAUUCUCAGGAACAUGAAAUUGAGCAGUGUUUCUACCAGGGAUUUAUAAGGAAUGAUAGUACCUCGUCAGUAGCAAUAUCUACAUGUGUAGGCUUGGUAAGUGUUUCUUUCAAACAAAUCAGUACUCAAAUUAUUUUCAUUCUUGGAACCGUAGUUGUUUUGGCAAAGAUCUUUAUGCAUGUGCCAUUUGGCGAUUUUCUUAAUAUUGCCGGUUGCUAUUGCGUUUAACAGAAGAGGGAUAGUUAUAGUCAAUGAACUGUAUCACACAUUUUGUGUUUUUAGUCUUUGAGGAAAAAAGCAGAAGAGUGACUGGUAGUCCUAGUAAUUAGCCCAUAGACAUUUUCAUUUGGUAUAGUUUGUGAUAGUUUCUACCUUUUUUGCUUCCUCUUAAAUAAAUGUUCUUCCUGCUAUUGUGAACUGCUGUGAAUAAAGGAAAAAAAUCAAACCACAAGCUAAUGAGAAAAAAGUUUAUACCUAGGUUUGUCAACUGCUUUAAGGAAGGGUGAAUUUCCUAGCUCAGCAGGAGUUAUGAACCAAUUUCCCUUAGCUUCCUGUGGCAAUUCCAGCCUACUUUGGUUUAUAAGUCUUGAUGAGUUGAUCUCUUAUGAACGUGUUAAAUACUGUCUUUACAUAUUUUCUGUUGAUGGCUGUUGUCGAAGUUCAUGAAAAAUUAUUAUGCACAAAUGAUUUUCUUUCAAAAUAUACUUGACAGUGCUAUUUUCCCGCAGAAAAGUCUUUACUGAUGUAAUUCAGAAUAGUUAACUACAGAAUUAAUAGUUAUUGAUGGCUUUAAGGCAAAAGAUCUUGCACUUCGCAAGCAACUUCCUAUGGAUGCAGAUUAGAACAGUGACAUUCAACAGUGUUAGGUUAUAUGAAGCUAUCUUUAUGCUGUGUGGUUCAGAGGUCCAAAUGAUAUGUUGGAUCACCCUCUAGAAAUGUCUUUUGCGAGGGUACUUGAUCAUAAGGGCUAUUAAACUGCAUGGUGAAGCCGAAAGAGGGCCACUUCAGACAUCUAGUGUUUCUUCUGAAAUAGUAAUCAGUGACUUGAGAAGAGGGUGGUUCACUAGGAAGAGCUGUUGAAUACUGAUAAUUGGUUGAAGUAGUCUGGAUAAUAUUUUGAAUGCUCUACUUAUGUGUUGGUCACAGCAGUUAGAUGAAUUAGUAUUUUCCAGUUCAUUUGAACAGUUGCAAAUGUGGCUUUGGAGCAGAUGCCAGGAGCUGGAAUGAAAUUUUUUUUUUGUUUUUUAUGUUUGUAGCGCUGAGCUGUCAAUAUCAGAUGUGCUUAGUUGUGAAUUUCUGUGGAAGCUUAAUGUUCAAAACUAAUAGGUUUUAUCAUUUUUAUUUAGACAAAAGCAGUUUGUACUUAUUGCAGCGUUUGCCAUUUCCUCUAAGGGAAGUGCUCUACCUCUGUACAACAGCUGGAGUUCGGGUGAUCUCCCUGUUUGGUCACGUUUUAUUUUCUAAAAUGCUUCAGGAGCUAAGUGGAGCUGGGCUUGUCAUGUCUUGUCUGGAGAAGGAAGGUUCAAGUCUGCCUCGGGUCACAGAGGAACAGAAUGUAGUGAUCUUAACUGAGACUGAAAUGGAUCUUUUACCACUGUCUCGACAUAGAGGUUGUUAUGACUGGUCUACCGUAAAUUACAGUAUGCGAAAGGAAUUUCCUAUUGAUUUGCUCUGACAGUGAUUCGACCAGCUAUGUGAAUAGCUGAUGGAAGCAGAACUUUACUUUGGUUCAGACAGCAGAGCAUUGACUAAAGCUUCGAGUCAGGUUUGAUAAGGACACGGAAGAUCGAAUUCCUUAUAUCUCCAUUACCUCAGCAGCUAGCGCAGGAGCACAACUACACAUCACCUGCUGGACAUCAUCCUCAUGUCUUAUAUAAACGAACAGCAGAAGAAAAGGUGCACCGGUACACAGUAGAUUCCAAUCCCAAAUCCUUUUCUCUUGGCCAUCAUAGAACUCACAUUUACCACAAGUAUCAUGCGCAAGCGAAUGGUUACCACCAUGGAAGGUUUCAAAAGCAACAUUUUUGUGGACGUCGCAAGAAAUGUAUAUGCACCUAAGCCGCCCACAGAAGAGACAUAUAUUCGUUCAGAUGAAUAUGGGACUUCUGCUAGGUUCAGAAGAUCAUCUGCUAAAAUUCAGAAAAAUGGAAGUCUAAAUGUUGAAACUCUUGUUGUGGCAGAUAAAAAAAUGUUGGAGAAACAUGGCAAGGAAAAUGUAACAACAUAUAUUUUAACAGUUAUGAAUAUGGUUUCUAGUCUGUUUAAAGAUGGAACAAUUGGAAGUGACAUAAACAUUAUCGUUGUGAGCCUCCUUCUUUUGGAACAAGAGCCUGGUGGAUUACUGAUUAACCACCAUGCAGACCAGUCACUGAAUAGCUUUUGUCAAUGGCAGUCCGCUCUGGUUGGGAAAAAUGGAAAGCGCCACGACCAUGCCAUCUUGCUUACAGGUUUUGAUAUCUGCUCUUGGAAAAAUGAGCCCUGUGAUACUUUAGGAUUUGCACCUAUCAGUGGUAUGUGCAGCAAAUACCGUAGUUGUACCAUUAAUGAAGAUACAGGCCUUGGACUGGCUUUUACAAUUGCUCAUGAAUCUGGACACAACUUUGGUAUGAUUCAUGAUGGAGAAGGAAAUCCUUGUAGAAAAGCUGAGGGAAAUAUUAUGUCUCCCACACUCACAGGAAACAAUGGAGUGUUUUCUUGGUCUGUAUGCAGCAGGCAGUAUCUCAACAAAUUUCUCAGUACAGCUCAAGCUGCCUGCCUGAUUGAUGAACCUAAGCAAACUGGACAGUAUAAAUACCCUGACAAACUGCCAGGGCAGAUGUAUGAUGCUGACACUCAGUGCAAAUGGCAAUUUGGAAUGAGAGCAAAAGUGUGCAACCUCAGCUUUGUAAAGGAUAUUUGCAAAUCUCUCUGGUGCCAUAAAGUGGGUCAUAGAUGUGAGACAAAAUUCAUGCCAGCAGCAGAAGGAACAGCUUGUGGUAUAAAUAUGUGGUGUCGAAGAGGACAGUGUGUCAAAUACGGUGAUCAUGGACCCAAGCCUGUAAAUGGCCACUGGUCUGCCUGGUCUGAGUGGUCACAGUGUACUCGGACUUGUGGAGGUGGGGUCACAUAUCAAGAAAGACACUGCAACAAUCCAAAGCCACAGUAUGGUGGCAAAUUCUGCCAAGGUUCCAGUCGUAUUUAUGAACUUUGCAAUAAUCAGCCAUGUCCAGCAAGUAGUUUGGACUUCCGUGCCCAGCAGUGUGCAGAAUACAACAGCAAACCUUUCCGGGGAUGGUACUACAAAUGGAAACCAUAUACUAAAGUGGAAGAGGAAGAUAGAUGUAAAUUGUACUGCACAGCUGAAGACUUUGACUUUUUCUUUGCAAUGUCCAGCAAAGUGAAGGAUGGAACCUUGUGUUCUCCUAAUAAAUAUGAUGUUUGCAUUGAUGGAAUUUGUGAAAAAGUAGGGUGUGAUCAUGGACUUGGUUCCAAAGCUGUACUGGAUGCUUGUGGAGUUUGUAAAGGAGAUAAUUCAACAUGCAAGUUCUUUAAAGGCCAAUACUUGAUCCAGCACAAAGCUAACGACUACUAUGCUGUGGUCACUAUUCCAGCAGGAGCACGCAGCAUACACCUCCAUGAAAUGCAGAUCUCGACCAGCUAUCUCGCCGUGCGCAAUCUCAGUAAAAAGUAUUAUCUCACAGGAGACUGGACAAUUGAUUGGCCAGGAAAGUUUCCUUUUGCUGGAACAGUUUUUGAUUAUCAGCGCUCUUUUAACCAUCCAGAGAGUCUAUAUGCAGCUGGACCAACUAAUGAGACACUGGUCUUUGAAAUCCUGUUACAAGGCAAAAAUCCUGGGAUUGCUUGGGAGUACACAUUUUCCAAAAUCAGUGAGAACAAGACAUCUGUCAAAAAGCACAGCCACUCCUGGGUGACAGUGCAGUCAGAGUGCUCAGCUACUUGUGGUGGGGGACACAUUACAGCAAAAGCAAUUUGUUUAGAAGAUCAUCGUACACGAGUUAAUUCCUCUUUUUGUGGUCCAAGGAUGAAGCCUUUAACUGAAACAAAACUAUGCAAUACUCAUCCUUGCCCAGCACACUGGUCAGCAGGCGAAUGGAGCACAUGCAGCAAAUCUUGUGGAGGAGGACAACAAAGUCGUCUCAUCCAGUGUGUCCAGAAAAAGGCUUUUCAAAGAGAGGAGGUAGUGGCCCAUUCCCUGUGUCCUGUUAGCACCCCUACACAAGUGCAGAUAUGCAAUAGUCAAGACUGCCCUCCCGAAUGGAGUCCUGGACUAUGGUCUCAGUGCUCCAAGACUUGUGGGAGAGGUGUUAAGAAACGGGAUGUCUACUGCACAAGUACUAGUUCUCCCAAGCUUAAAAUCUUGCCUGAAAGUAUGUGCAGCCAAGCCCAUAAACCUGAAUCCCAGCAGACCUGUGUGCUAGGACGCUGCCCCAAAAAUGACCGGCUCCAGUGGGUGAUUGCUUCCUGGAGUGAGUGCUCAGCCUCCUGUGGCCCAGGUGUACGCAAGCGAGAACUAAAAUGCGGUGAGAAAAGCAUCCAUGGGAAAUUAAUCACCUUUCCUCAGAGAAGAUGUAGAAACAUCAAGAAACCAAACAUAGACCUGGAAGAAGUUUGUAACAAUGGACCUUGUCCAUCCCAAACUUUGUAUAACAUGGUGUCUGGCUGGUAUUCCUCACCCUGGCAGCAGUGUACAGUAACAUGUGGUGGGGGAGUGCAAACCCGGAGCGUACAGUGCCUACGCCAAGGGAGACCAGCCUCUGGGUGCUUGCCCCAUCAGAAACCGGCAAUCCUGAGAGCCUGCAAUACUAACUUCUGCCCAGCCCCUGCGAAAAAAGAUGAUCCUUCUUGUGUGGAUUUCUUCAGUUGGUGUCAUCUGGUACCCCAGCACGGUGUCUGUAACCACAAAUUUUAUGGCAAGCAAUGUUGUAAAUCAUGCACAAAGAAGAACUGAUAGCAGCAUGUUAUCUGAACCCUUUGCUGACAAGAUUUUCUUCUUCAAUUAUUGUUGAAAUUAACUUUGCUUUGAGCCAAGACAUGGUGCCACAUAAACCACUGAUGGAAGAGACGUUUUUUUUAAGGGAAUGUCUGAGGUACAGUAAUUGUUGGAUAUAUGUUGAAAAAUGAAUGUUUAUUUUUUUUUUAUUUGCUGACCUCACUGAAGUACAGGGUACUAUGGAUCACUUGAACACUGAGACUCAAGGGGCAGUUCUUCUUUCUUUAAAAGUGUCACUUUGCACUGUCACAUGUUACAAGGAAGAAAAUAAGGCAAGGAUGCCUUUUCUGGCUAAUUUACCAGAAUGCAAGGCAAAAGAGAUUGGGAGCUCAAGGAAUAAAGUUACAGCAUGGCAGCAUGACAGAUCACGCAGUGAGAAGCCUUUCCUUUUAUAUCUUUUAUGAUAAUAUCGUCCCAGGGUAAGGAAGCUGUUUACUGCCAUUUUCACAGAAAGACUUUCCAAUGACUGUGUGGAGAACCCAGUGUCACACAUGUGACCACGAGAAGUAAAUAGUGCACUACAAAGAUAUAUGGUGCUUCUCUAUUGUACUUGCUGCUGGAAAAGCAAGUUUUGCAUCAUGCUUAUGUUUUUAUUGUUUUGAAGAAUUCAUUUUCUGCUUUUGUAGAAACUCAGAGGUGGUUAACUAGUAACUUGAAAUGUAUUCCUAGAAAUAUUCAGCGUUAGAAUAUUUGGACUUUUAACAUUGCUGUGUUACAAGUAAAAUAGAAUUUCAUAUUUCAACUAACUCAAGGAACUCAGAUUUAUUGAGCUCAAUGUUAUGUUUUCAACUUUCUAAGCUCAUAAGAUAUGUAAAUUUAAAAUUUAAACUUGAUAUAUUAAAGUAGAUUUUUUUCAGAAGCUAGGUUGUUUAAAUGCCAAGAUACUGAAGAAUGUCUUCCUUUUAAUCUCAAAUCUCUGCAAAUUUUGUUUCAUCAGUUGCCCAAAGGAAAUAACAAGAAUAUUACAGUCCAUUAAUUCAUGCCAAACUUCUCUAAAUAGUUAUUUUUUCAUACAGGUGAUAAGAAAAAAUUGCAAAUACUAAGCAGAUUAUUUUCUCUAACCAAAUAAAAAUCAUUUCUAUUUUUAUACGUUCUCUUAAUACUUGCAGUUAGUUCAGAAUCCACCAGCAAACAAAACAAAUGUAAACAAUAUUUGUCAUCAGUCUGUAUCAAGAUAUGACAUGACACUGUCAAAUGGUACAACUUAAAAAGUUUCUGAAUUAAAAAAAUUCAACCCAACAGAUUUGCCAAAACCGUUCUGAGACAGAGCUGUGUUCUACUGUAAUUUUCUGGGGAGUGGCUAUGAGGGACAUAUUUAUCUAAUUCCACCCUAUCCCACAACUUCUUUUGAUGAAUGUAGCUGCAUUUUACUGUUUUUUUAAAGUAUCAAUUCAGCAUAAGAUUCGCCAGCUCAGCACUAAUGCCAGACAGUGGUCACUUAAAAUUAUCAGUUCCUUUUGCAACAAUUUAAAUUAAAAACAUGUAUUCUAUGAUACUUUAAGAAAUGAUGAUUGGAAACAAAUCUCAACUUACAUUGCUUUGUCUUGAUAUUUGACAUUGUAUAAUUAUGAAUUCUUUUCUAGGAAAACAACAAGGUUUUUUCUGUUUUUUGUUUUGUUUUUAUAAUUGUGUCCUUUUUAUUUUUUGAUGUAAAAUAAUUAAUUUAUUAAUGCAUAGCUUUUCCUUUAUAUUUCUUUGCUCACUUCCUUAAGUGAAAACUGAGGAAAGAAAAUGGUAGUGUCACAAAAUAUGACUUAUGAUGUAAAAAAAAAAAAAGCAAAAAAUAUAAGUGUAUUAUUUAAUUAUUUUAUAAGCUUUGUAAUAAAGUACUUUAACUGUUUCAUUAUAUUUGGAAUUGUAAAAUUCAUGAAUAAAAUAUGGAGGUUAUAAAUAAAUAUCAAGUAA